AUGUCAAUUCAGUUUGUAAAGUCUACCAAAGACUUCGACGACUAUGUCAAAGCCAACAAGUAUCUAGUGGCCAACUUCACUGCACUGUGGUGUGGACCUUGCCAGUCGAUCAAACCUAUUAUCGACCAGCUCUACACUGACACCAAUGCCCGUUACGAGCACAUUGAGAUUGUCCGUGUCGAUUUGGACUCUCAACAGGAGCUUGCAGCCAAAUUUCAGAUCUCAUCAGUGCCCUCCUUUGUGUUUCUAGAAAGUGGAGCAGAGGUGAAGCGAGUCACAGGAGCAAAUGUACCAGAAUUGAUUCUGAGUCUUGACGAGUUGAACAAGAAGGCCCGUGACGACCCACAAGCUGGCAGAGCCGGCAAUGGAGCCACAGCUGAAAAAUUGUCGGAGUCCUCGGUGUAUAAGGACAUUGACCAGUAUAUACCCAAGGGAUUCGAAGCAUUGAACGGUACCAUUGAUUUCGGGGGAUUCGAAGCUUUGAACGUAGUGCCUCUUUUCAAAGCCGAAUCCGAUGCUGACGUGAAGAACGCUUUCCGGUUGGACUACAAGAAGGAGCAGAGUACCGUGGUGUCUGAUGCUGACUCUCAAGUGUUGUUCUACGUCCCAUUGUUGAAUAUCUCUAAGGUAUACUCCAUCUUGCUCAAGUUCAGACCGGGCAAAGACAUCGCUGAAGAAUCCGAUGCCGACGCAGAGUUGGAAUUGGAUGCCGACGAGCUCAAUGACGAAACCCAGCCACCUAAAUUGAUCAAGCUCUGGGUCAACAAGAACUCCAUCUUGUCGUUUGACGACGCUGCUUCUGACUCCAGUGCACCACAUAUCGAGAAAAUCGCCAUUGAUGGAGAAAGCGUGUGGUACGAAUGUAAAUUGAAGUUUGUCCGUUUCCAAAACGUCCAGAGUUUGAACAUCUUUAUUGACGGAGACGACGAAGACUCUCACACCACCCUCGACAAGAUCAUUCUUGUUGGAGUUAAUGGAGAAACGAAGGACCAGGGCAAACUCUCCAAAGACGAGUAA